AUUACAUCCUGUUUCUGUGGACUGAGUACUUACAACACAUUUAAACAAUGAGGGUCCUAAACCUACUGCUUAUAUUUCAUGUUCAUGCCCAGCUGCAGUGUGAUAAAACCACCAUCCAUACCACAAUUGGAAAGGAGAUUAAUGUUUUCUGCACUUACAAUGCAAAACAGUUCUUAUACAGUAAGAAGUACUGGUGCCUUGGGGAGUCCAGAAGCACUUGUGAGGUAUUGAUGGAUACAGAUGGAUUCACAACACCACGUCUGAGGAAAAAAGCAAGAAUAUAUGAAAUAAGGCCCAGAACAUUUUAUAUUCAAAUGACAGGAGUCCAGCUGGAGGAUACUGGAAUCUACUGGGCAGCGAUUGACAAAAUAUAUGCUGAUAUCAUGUUUAUGAUAAAAGUCGUAGUAACAGAAGAGGCUGUGAGCAGACCACGAGUUUGGUUGGAUGGCUCGUCUGUGGUGACGUGCCAGGGACAGCCGGUUCUCCUGCGCUGCCGGACUGAGACGGGCACCAAUGUAAAGUACAGCUGGUCCAGAAAGGCAGAACCUCAAGAUGUUCUUUUACAGAGCUCGAAUGAUCUUCAGUUUAGCUGUGCUUUUCUCACAGAGGAUGCUCAGUACAUCUGUUCAGCUCAGAACGCUGUGAGCAGAGAAGAGAGUAAAUCCAUUUCCCUUCACCUUUUACAGGCUGGAGAGGAGAACUGCAUUUAUUCACUCAUGUCUGAUGAGCUUGAAAGUUAUGACUGCAAGACAACAACAGCAUCACCAGUGAUAACGACCUUCACCACUGUGGAAGUUGCAACCUCAGAGUUCGCCAUGCGGACCAGUUCAGAUGAAAAUCAGUCAAUAUGUAGCAAUCAAACCCAGAACUGUAAUGGAAACAUCUUUAUCAGGUCAUGGUCAGGAAUGCCUCUGUGGUAUCACAUUGUACGCUGGCUUCUCUUCAUUGCUUUGGUCAUCACCUUUGCAUUCAUGUGCUCAUGCAUGCAGACCAGCAGAGGGCAUGGCAUACAACACAAACAAAUUUAUAGAUAGAAAGAGUUUGCACAAAUGAAGUUCCAACUUCUUCAAAUUUAAUUUUUUACACUUACAUCAAUGUCUGGUCUACCUCUCUACUACACAGUGUUACUGUGCAACAAAAUACUAUUUAUUUUUUGCGCAUUUAAAAAAAAAGUCCUACUGUUUUGGGCCACCAUGGCAAAUAUCUUGUAUUUAGUAAUAAAAUGUAUUGCUUUUGCCAAAAGGUGUUUUAAUUUUAGUAUAAAAGUACCAAGUCAAAUAGGAACUUUUGUUUGUGCAGAAUAACAGAAUACAGUUACAGUAUAAGAGUAAAAACCACCUUACUUUCUAAUACACUAAUGCUUAGAGUUCCACUAGUGCUUGGAUACUAUCAAGGUAGAAAGUUUUAUCAGUAUGCCAGAGCCAUGAUCAGACUGCCUGCUUCAUAUCUGAAACCCAGGCCUCCCAGGAACCCCUUUAAUGUCCCAUGUGGAAACAGUGUUUAAUGGCCCAACUGAGUUCCUGUAAUGUGGAAAUGUCAAUAGCAUUUCCACAGACCCAUGCAUCACUUCCGCAAGCUGUCAAGAGGUUAUGUCAGUUUUUAAGGAUCAGGAGUUCCACUUGCUGAAUGUUUACAGGAAUGACUACAGUGGGCUCCAAGCCACCUCGGCCAGGAUUGUCAUCCAAAUUUUUAAUUGCAGCUAAGAGACUCAUCACCGGACUGUGCUUAAAAUCUUCUGUUAAUGUCAAUCCUUGUUUGACAUCUGUCAUGGGAUUGGACAAAAAGUUUUGUGCUAUAUUACUUAAUUUUAUAUUUCAUUAAAACUGACAUUGUUUAAAUGUUAAUUUAGAAAAAUAUAAAUGCUGCCAUAAAUGAACACUGUGAGGUAAAGUAUCCACAUCACCCAAUGUAGUAACUAAAGUUUCAUAAAGAAGACACCCAUAAUUGCACUUUUAUUUAAUGCAGUGAUCAUAAUGCCCUUAAGUUCCAUGUAGACAGUAUACAUCAGGUAGUAAGGAUGAUUCCUGUAUUUUACAAUACUGUUUCCUGUAUAACUUUAUCUUUGUGAAGGAAUUUUGAACUGUAGGACAAAAUGUAAAGUAGACGUUGAUUAUGUGAAGGGUAUGGAUGAUGGUGUAAUGUUAGCAUAUAAGUUAAUGUUAGCCACUUUAUAAUUUUAUCUAAGCUAAAGCUAAGCUAGCUAUCCUGUGGUAACAGAGGUAAGCAGCCAUGUUGCAGCCAGCAGCCAGAUUCUGUCCAUUCUGCCGACUUUUAUGGAUUAGAUGGUGACAAGCAGAGCUUUCAGAGUUGAGCUUCAAAACCACUCUUCAGAAAACCUGUCAGUUUUUAUACAAUCUAUGCCAUAGACCAGUGCACGUGCAUGAUUAUGUUGUAUUUACACUGUAAUUUGCACAUAGAGCUAGCUAUAUUUGUUUUGAGAUCUUUAACUAGUCAAAUACUUUAUCUAAAUCAGAAGGUUUGUUCAGUUUAGUAUAUGUGUCUUUGGCUUUGACUGUACGAGCCAAUAUUAAAAGCACAAAGAAUUGAUUGAUUCACUUGCAGGAACAAACCUCAUUAUAUUAAAAAAAGGGAUAAUUUAUCAUCUGUGGACAAAGGGUGGCUUAAAUACCUUUGAUCUAGUACAUCCAAUAUUUUAUUUAAAACAAAAUGAAUACAAAAUUGUGUUAACAACAAAAAAAAGUAUGUCAUAGAUUACAUUUAGGCAUUUGUCAGACAUUUAGGCAUUUGUCAGACGCUCGUAUCCAGAGCGACUUACUUUUUUUUUUAAUUUUUUUUUAUUUCAUGACAC